UUGGGUGUCAUGUCUGAGCCCACGGUGCGAGGCCUGAUCCACGUGGAGAUUAAGGAGGCUAUCGAUCUUCCCGACACGGAUGGUUUCUUUGCUGGAGCUACUGAUGCUUAUGUCAAGGUCAAACUCGAUGGAGCAAAGAUAGCCAAAACUAGCAUUGUAGAAGACAAUACGAGCCCAAUCUGGAAUCAGAAGUUCGUCACAUUUAUCAACCAUAUUGGAGACGUGUUAUCGAUAGAGGUGGUAGACGAUGAUAUUGGGAAGAACGACUCUAUCGGAACUCAUGAGAUAAAUUUCCGUGAGUUUGUUGAAAACGGGGGCGAGUUUGAGGGACCUGUACAGUUGAUGCUUGAUGGAGAGGAGAGGGGACUACUGGAAAUCGCACUCAGAUACGAGCCUUAUUGUAACGAAAACAAAAACGAAUGCAGUAGGAAAGUACCAGCGUGCUACUUUCCGAUGAGAGAGAACUGUCGUGUUACUCUGUUCCAGGACGCUGACCACACUACUCAACCUGAACAUGAGCCCAUCACCACUGCUCUAGGUGAGAGUUACGUUCCCCCCGGCGCCUGGAAGCAAGUGUACGAAGUUAUCACCAACGCUACAAAGUUCAUAUACAUCACAGGUUGGGCUGUGUUUACGGAGGUAGUACUAGUCCGAGAAGAGGAUGCUGACAACAGAACACUGGGUGAAAUACUAAUAGAAAAAGCAGAAGAGGGCUGCGUUGUAUUUAUCAUGAUCUGGGACGAAUAUGACGACAUGAUUCCCAGUCUGGUGGGGACACAUGACACAGAUACGGCAGAGUACUUCGAGGACACACGUGUUACAGUGAAGAGAUGUGCACGUGGUUGUACAGAAAGUGGAACAUCCGGGGAUACGAUGACCCGACUGAUAUACUCUCAUCACCAAAAGAGUAUUAUCUGCGAUUCUCCUUCUAUAAACGAGGACGACGAGAGAUUACGUGUAGUGGCGUUUGUAGGAGGACUAGACCUGACAGAUGGCAGAUACGACACCCCCCAACACCCCCUCUUCUCAACCCUCCUAGACAAACACGCAGCUCAUGACUUCUACCAGAACUGCGUGACUGUCCGGGCCGAGGCUGGACCUAGACAGCCCUGGCAUGACAUUCACAGUUACUUGGAAGGCAAGAUAGCUCAAGACAUACGACGUAACUUUGAGGAGCGAUGGUCGGCUGAAGACGACGGUUCCAACGAGUUGAACUAUCUUGACGAAUCUGAGUAUAAUCUGGAGGAGGUUUACGAGGGAGAUGAUAGAUGGAACGUGCAGUUCCUGAGGUCCAUUACUAGUCAGAGUUGCCAGUUUUCAUACAUGGAGAGGGCAAGAAAGCUAAAGACAGAGCGAUCCGAGAAAAUAGAGGACACUAUACACUCCGGAUACAUUCAUCACAUCAGACGUGCUCAAAACCACAUCUUCAUUGAGAACCAGUACUUUUUAGGCUCAGCGCACGUCUGGGAGGGAGAUGACAUUCCUAAAAAAGCGACCAACUUGAUAGCGAUAGAGCUGGUACGGAACAUUAUCGAGGCUAUAAAACAGGGAUGCCACCACUCUGUCUACUGUGUUAUACCCAUGUACCCAGAGGGAAUACCCAGUUCCAUGCCGGUUCAAGAGAUUCUAUACUGGCAGACAGCUACAAUGAGGAUGAUGUAUAGGUAUAUAGCGCAGACCAUCGAGGAGGAAGGACUCGACACCCACCCGACUGAUUAUCUAUCAUUUUACUGCAUCGGUGUACGAGGGGAUGAAAUUCCAGAGGAUUUAGCAGAACCGGAGACUGAUGUUGAGAUCCACCUGAGGGAAAAGAACCGCUUCCCUAUCUACGUGCAUUCUAAGAUGCUAAUAGCAGAUGAUGAGUAUAUAAUAGUGGGUAGCGCUAACAUCAACCAGCGAAGUAUGUCCGGGAGGAGGGACACGGAGAUGGCGGUGGGGUGCUACCAGCCUAACUUCCUCUGUCAGGAAGGGGAGCUGCCUUCAGGUGAUGUAGCAGCGUUUAGAAAGUCGCUGUGGGUGGAACACAUGGGUGAAAUGUGCGAUGAAUUCAACGAUCCUGGAAGUCUUGACUGCAUGAGAAAGGUUAACGAAAUUGCCCGAAGUAACUGGGAGAAGUUCGUUGCUGAUGAUUUUGAAGAGCCAAUGCAAGGACAUCUCCUGCCAUACCCUAUAGAUGUGGCUCAGGAUGGAACUGUCAGUUCUUUAGAAGGUUUUGAAAACUUCCCUGAUACAGACGCACCGGUUUUAGGAACCAAGUCAAAUAUUCUGCUUGAAAAACUCACAACCUAGAAACUGAAAACAUCAGUUUUCUGCUAUGAACAACGAACUUUGCCAUGAACGUACGAUAACUACGAAGAUGUUGUGUUUUGAGAAGUUGGGACUAUUAGUAUUAUUACUGAAUGACAAAUGAAUAGAAUUUUAACAUCUUUUAGUCUGAGUCAUAAUAUCUUCUAGUCUUGUUUCAGAGACACUUGAUUAGUGAUUAGGAUUGAUUUUUUAAAAAGCUAUUUUUAUUCUUAUAGGCACCAUCCCGCGUGGAAAUUUUCUUUUCUUUUUGUGGUUAAUACUUUAAUAUGAUCGACUGUUAUUUUCUUUUUUGUCAGAUUGCGAGCUAUUUUACGGUACAUCUAUUGGCAAUUCGGUAAUCUGUCGAUAGCACGGUUAACGUGCCUUAUCCGUGCGUUAAGUAUCCGUUAACCGUGCGUUAACCGUGCGUUAAGUGUGCGUUAACCGUGCGUUAACUGUGCGUUAAGUGUGCGUUAACCGUGCGUUAACCGUGCGUUAAGUGACCUACAUCGACAGAUUACCGAAUUGCCCAUACAUUUAAGGCCAUUAUAAAACUUGAAAUUUGAGUGUAGAAAAUUAGCUUGAUUUUGUCAUAUUGCAGAUUUGUUCAAGUUUCCGAUAUUUUGAGAUUGGAUUAGGUGUUUUAUAAAAGAAUCCGUAUUAAUUUUCAAUGAAGUACUAGCGCCGUUUAUUUAGAGUUUUAGAGACGC